AUGGAGCUGUUCCGCACUGACACUCAUUUUAUCUUCGUGAAGGAGAGGCAUAGCCUCUGGUGCGACAAGUAUACUGGCGAAUUCUCCGCGAAAUCAGAUUGGGAAUGGGCCGCACCGAAGGAUUUAGAAUGCCUGGGGAUGUUUUACGGAAUAGUGGGAAAAAUCGAACAAGCGUCAGUGCUGGAGCCUCGUUUGAUGCUCAUAAAGGAUGUCAUACCAGCAGGAGAGUUACACGGUGGUCAUGUUGUCUACAAGAUCAAGUCUAUUGCAUUUCUACAUAUCGGCACGGAGAACACGGAUAUUGGCCUGUUGCCUUGUAAGAAACACCAGUAUGUGUUGAAGAAGAAAGGUGCUGGUGGAUUGUUUGAUGUGCCACAAAAAGCAGCCCUGGCGAAAACUUGGGGCACAAUCAAGAAUGCUACCAAUACUAUAAAAAAUACCACACAGCAAGCUGCUGCGCUAGCUACAUCUCAAGUAAAGUCGACAGUGACAAAACGAAGCAUUGUGAAAGACAAAGAAAGAUUUGAGAAAAGAAUAUUGGAAGAGCUGAGCAAGAUAUUUACUGAAACUGACUCCUUCUUCUUUUGUCGAACUGGUGACAUCACUAACAGCUUACAGCGGCAAUGUAUAAUGGAAUCUGAAGACCAAGGCGACCCUAACAAGCCAUUGUGGCAACGUGUUGAUGACAGAUUCUUCUGGAACAAGCACAUGUUACAUGACAUUAUUAGUUUAAAUACAAAUAAGGCAAACUGUUGGAUAUUACCAAUCAUUCAAGGAUACGUUCAAAUAGAAAAAUGUAUAGUUGAGGUGGGUUUCGACGGACAGCCGCAACAAGAGACAUUUAACCUGGCGAUCAUAUCAAGGAGGAGUAGGUUCCGUGCUGGGACUAGAUAUAAGAGGCGCGGAGUGGACGAUAAUGGCAAAUGUGCAAAUUACGUUGAGACUGAACAACUAGUUUGGUACCACGAUCAUCAAGUAUCUUUUGUACAAGUACGAGGAAGCGUGCCAGUGUAUUGGUCGCAGCCUGGAUAUAAAUAUAAACCUCCACCUCGAAUUGACAAAGAUGAGGCUGAAACGCAAAUAGCGUUUGAAAAGCAUUUUGACGAAGAGCUCACGUUGUACGGGCCGGUUUGCAUUGUCAAUCUAGUUGAACAGUCCGGUAAAGAAAAGAUAAUUUGGGAAGCUUACAGCAAUCAUGUGUUUAAUUAUAACAACUCGGACAUAACGUAUACUACUUUUGACUUCCACGAAUAUUGUCGAGGAAUGCAUUUCGAAAAUGUAUCUAUUCUGGCUAAUGCAUUGGCUACAGUGCUGGCAGACAUGGGUUACUGCUGGCGCGAUAAACAAGGUACGAUAUGCAUGCAAAAGGGCGUAUUCCGUGUGAAUUGCAUAGAUUGCUUAGAUAGAACAAACGUGGUGCAAACCGCUCUGGGUAAAGCUGUUAUGGAAAUGCAGUUCUCGAAAUUGGGACUAAUACCACCUGACGGAAUUCUGCCUGCAAACAUAAGACAGACUUUUCAAUCGCUUUGGGCUAAUAAUGGAGAUAUUAUUAGCAAACAGUACGCGGGCACGAACGCUUUAAAGGGAGAUUACACGCGUACCGGGGAGAGAAAGUUUACCGGGUUGAUGAAAGACGGCAUGAAUUCUGCGAAUAGAUAUUAUCAGCAACACUUUAUGGACGACUUACGUCAGGCGGCGAUAGAUACGCUGCUAGGGAAUCCAAUCGACGUUGAUCGACUGAACAACGAUUGGUCACACUAUUUAGAUAUCCUUGAUAAUUGCUGUCUCGAACUUAUACCUAUGAAACCACCAAAUAUACAACUUCAACUUGCUACUCAUCCUGACUUCCUUUAUGUCACUGCCUUAUAUGAUUUAGCAAGGUAUUAUCUGAAUCGCUUCAAGGAUGUCUAUAGACAAGCGACAAUCGAUAUGAUGUUGGGAAAUUCGGUGAGCGAGGAAGUAUUCCAAGAGCGCACUGAGGAAGAGGAUAACGCGGCUACCGCGAUUCACGUGAAACUGCUGAUCGAGGAUUGCAAAAAGUUACUGAUACCCGAUCCGGAAAUCAUUUUAGGCAGUUGGGGAGUGAUCGAUGCCGAUCCUGUCACCGGCGAUCCAACGGAAACAGAGAUGGAUACUAUCUUGAUAUUGACUCGAGAUAGUUAUUACGUAGCUGACUAUGAUGAUCAGAUCGAUAAAGUUACGAAUUAUCAAAGAGUUCAGUUAAGCGAUAUCGUCUUGAUUGAAUUCGGCCAGCCUGAGAACACAGUUUCGUUUUUCAAGAACAAACAUUACCAUUGUGUUAGAAUCAAUUACAAGGUGAACAGCGAGUACGGUUACUUUCAUAUGUUCCGUAGUACAAAUCUAAGGUUUUUCAAUAAUAUGGCGGUAGUAAUCAAAACCGAAGAGGAAAGUAUAGAAUCUCUAAGAGCAAUUUGCGAAGCUAUUUCGGUGGCUAUGGAAAUAGCAGACUUGCCGAAAAUUCCUGUCGCCAUGAACGUCACGUUAGAUAAGAGAAAGAGCAAACUGGUGAACGCUAAAGGCUCUACUGGCUUAUUGGAUAUUUCGUCGUUCCCAGAACUGACGCGAAACGUAUCUGAGACGCAAUUGCUCGCCUUGAAAACAGCAGGUACAAAAGCGUUGAGCAACAUGUCAGAGCAGUUUAGCAAAUUGAACAAAUUGAGUCAGACUUUCAGCGCGAAAAAGCCGAUCGAUCUAGCCAAGAGCAUAGGUGGCAAGAGAGCGGAAAACUUGUCGAAACCGAUCUUCACCGUAGGUAACAGAGACAUCUUGGGUAACGCGAAAGAGAAAAGCGGUAGCAGUAGUAGCGACGACGAUGAAAAUAUCGAAAUGACGCGUGUUCAUAUGGAUAAGCCGAUAAUGAACUUCAGCCACGAUAAGCAUUUGAUGGAAGCUUACUCUCCGUCUAUCGGCAUUAUCAUGGGCGUGAAGAACAACGUCGUGGACGGUUGUGACGGCAACGGCAACACAGAUUUGUCCACGAUAAGACACGACGUGAACCUAGAUUCAAAACCUGACAUGGCGAUGGAUGCGCUACUUCUGAUACCGCAAACCGGAUCUGGCACUAGCACUCUCAGUGCUUCGCCGCAGAAGACCACCGCGACUACACCUGAGAUCACGGUGUACGACGUAGGGGAGAGCCUAGGCGAGAACAGAGAACGGAUGUUCCCACCGUCGAGUUUGACGCUCUCCAGGAACAUCAGUCAUUCGACGGGGGAGGUGGACAAUAAAGCACUGUCUAUCAAGAGCGUUACCCUACAAACAGACAGCAGACUAGAUGAGAAAAAGAGAUCAGCGUCUGAGCAGGACCUGACAUUAAACAUCACGUCGUCACAGAGUGAAUCCGCUUUAAAAUCCAUCAAAGAGAAUAUCGCAAACGUCACCAGUCCGGUGGCGUCGACGGCCAAGGACAUUCUGUCGCCGUUUUCGAAGCUCGCUAAAGGUGUUCAAACGUUAGGGGCUAAUCUAGAUCCUAGGAAGCUGAAGUCGGGCAAUGCGGGACUAUUGCGAAACCUGUCGGAACACCAUAUGGAGGAACGCCACAAACUCCAAGAAAAAUGGGCCACCUGUCAGACCAGACUCAUUGCUUUGUAAACAGUUUAUCAUUCUCGAACGACGACAGCUUUUUUCCCGAGCGCGACUCGUCAUUAAAUAAUCAAUCCGACGCUUAUCGACGCACUGUGUAUUUCUGAAAAAACCUCGAAUUAUAUUCGCGACAGCAACGCAAAUUACUAUCGCGCACUUUUGAACAAGAAGAAAUUAAGUAUUAAGAGAUUGUGUGUAUUAUAGAACGUUUUAUUACGUAGAUCGCGCGCGUGAUUUAAUACGACAAGAGUAUAUCACGUGGACAGUAGCGGAGAAUUUCGAUCAAAUUUUGUAGAAAGAAUCUUAUAAGUCGAUCUCACUGCACCUAUUUCAUAUUUUCACACUUCACCGAGUGUAGCGUUAUAUCGAUGUGAAAUAUACGAAACUACUUGCUGCAAGAAUAGAGGCAAUUUCUACACGUUACGACGCGAACUAUGGACGCAAAGUACAAUAUGGUCAAUAUUUACUCGUGAUUCAUUGAUUUAAUGAUCUAACGAGUGUGGCACAAUUUUUAUCGCUAGGAAAUUGUGCUAACUGUCAGCAUCUCUCUCGACAGCGUCUAUAUCAAUGUUACUAUAUACUUGCUGAAGUUUUUUGGCACAUUUUUACAAUAUUUUUAAUGGCGAUUCAAUAAAAUUAGCCUAUUAGAUGCUACUGAUUCGAAUUUCGAAAAGCAGUAGAACAUAAAUAUUUUUUCUUGCUUAAUAUUCAAAUAAUGUUUCGUACCGCGCAGUAAAAUUCUCUUGCUUGCAAGAGAGUUUCUUUUAAAAAUUUUUCCUUUUUAGGUUGCAUUCCAAAACGUUCUUUCCGAGGAAAAUUUUACUCUUAAGUCUAUAGUGUAUGUAACAUGAACUAUAGAUUUAAGAGUAAAAUUUUCCUCGGAAAAGAUGUUUUGGAAUGCAAGCUUAAUUGAUACGCGCGUAAAUAAAUUUUUAUAUUAAUAUGAAUAGCUUGAAACGUAAUUGGGAUGGUUUAUUUGUACAGAGAAUCGAAGAAUGAAGCUUCGUAGUCAAUUAUGUAAAUAAAGAGAUUAUUUAAAAAUAUAGUUUUUAGUAAAAUAUAUAUAAUGAAGUUAGUGAGAAAGAUAAAAAAUGCGUUUGAAGUAUACAUGGUUACCAGAACAGAGACAAUUAUUAUGCUUGUUAGUUUCCUCGAGAUGGGUAUUCUUUAAAAUUACGCGGAAAUAACGUAAUUAUUUUAAAAUCAGAGAACAAUACGUAGAGCAUAGAGUAGUUGAGAAUCUAAUUCUCAAUACACAAAGUGUUAAUUAUAUAAGUUAUAAAUCUGUGAAUGUGUGGUAUAUACAAGAAAAUAGUUGAUUUAUACGUGUAAUACGACCAAGCUGAGUAGCGAGUUUGUGUAUUUGUAAUCACGUUUAUAUUAGCGUUAUGAUUAUAGAUGCUUUAAUAGGUUGUUACGAGCCACAGAUCUACAGUAUUUUGAGAGCCAGUGAACGUUCAGUAUUAUAUGGAGUAUAUGCUACCGACGAAGAGCCGCAUGACAUACUCUCUCCCCCGCGCGAGCGUACGUAAAUUAUUAAUAUAAACAAAAAUUAGGUACAAGAAACAAAUGCUGCGCAAAUCUUGUGGGCGAACCAUAGCAUAGAUUAUAUAGGCUUCAGACAGUCCGAUUUCGAUCGUGUAAAUAAUUGUAUCUCAUUCCAACAGUAUCCGUUUCUCCCUUUCGAACGUUUCGAGAAUAACAUCUACUACGGCGAUCCUAAGCUAGUAUUUGUAGCAAGUAUUCUUUUUACCGCAUAAACAAUAGUCUGUGAUACUAUCUUAUGGAAUGCAUGCAAAUCUAAUUCACGACAGAUCAGGAAAUGCGUGCAUUCUGAAAGACGCUCUAGGACGCUUUAGGAUAAGAGUACGAUUAGGUUGUAUUUGAGUAUGCAUCCCCUUGAGAGAUUAACUUCGCCUUGGUUGAUGCAAAUUUAUCGUUCGUUCGACGUUAUUAUUAAAAAAAAAAGAGGAAAAUAAAACUUGUAUCUGAGAGCACGACAUUGGAUUUGAACUCUGUCUAAUGUACAUUCAACGAAUACGAUGUAAUAUUCAACGGAAGUUUGUUAUCGAAUCUGUGUGAUGUGUAUUAACACAUUUUUAACUGAAUGUCCUGCGAAACGUAGGUGAAUAAAGGAACACACAGAAAGACA